CGUGCACAACGCACUGCGAAUGGCGGCGGCGCCUGGACUGACGUGAGCGGCACCCAAUGGAAGGCGGGACGCGCGCAGUUUGAAUCGGCGUGGGAGGAGCGGAGGCCGUCGGCGGUGGCCGCGGGGUAUGCGUGGCUGUGCUGCUCCGCGGCCCCGCGUCAUGGCAUUGGAUCUGGACGAACGGUUGCAGCGGAGCAACGCCCGCUUCCAGGCGUCCAUCCUCGGCAUCGUGGAACGGUAUAAUUAUCCUUUUGAAGAUGACUUCCUUAUUUCCAUGGAAACCCUCACUUACGACACACCUGAUGGUCCAAAACAAUGGGGAGAUCUAUCAGUCAAGAAGCUCAGAAAACUAUUUAAGCAUCACGUAGGAAGUCAAAGGACUGCAGAUCAAACUGCAGAUGAAGAAAGUGAUGCUGAUGUAGUGUCAGUGAGAAGAAGAUUUGAAGACAUUCACUUCCAGAAUCUGGAUGUAGAUGAUGUGAAAAUGCAAGAGAAAGUACAAGUUCAAGUGGAUGUGAUAGUACAAGAUAAUGGAAGAAGAAUUCCCAAAUGGAUUACGGUAGCACCUUCAUCAAGCCAAUUAGCUUCACCAGUGCGAGAACCGAUAGGCAACCAAAGCAGUGUUUGCAGAAAGAAACUAGAGUUGGCAAAUAAACGUUCUUCCAGCCCCCACCAGUUACAAUUUUCUGGUCCUCCAAUGUCACCAAAUACAAUAACUGUACCUAGGCAUGAAUGUUUUCAAGAAAUGAAUGAAACUUGCUAUAAUAGUACAUUGGAAGAAUAUCAGUCUGCAGAUGAAGGUUGUUCCUGGAGCAACAUAACACUUGCAGACUUGUAUCCUAAAAUGGUAGAAGUGCUGACAAAGCUUAUUACAAGGGAAGCUCGGAAAAAAACAUUUAAAUACAUGUUUGGGUACUGUAGGCACAAAAGAUGGCAUGCUAGAAGACCAAAGCUCAGUAUCACUGCAGAAAAAAUAAGAAGAUUCCGACCACUCAAGCUGAAGAAAGAACUGCCCAGCAUAUGCAGCAGUAGUAAAGACAUCCAGAAUCAAACUUUCAGAAAUAAUGUAUAUGAGAAUAGCGGACCUUGUGAUGAUCUAUGUUCUAUCAAUAACGCCUCUGGUCUGGUACCAUUUUCAUACAGUGAUACAAGUGAAAUGGAAAUGGACUGCUCUGAUUCAAGUUUAGGUCAUCAUUUGGUAUUUGGAGAGGACCAAAAAGUUUCUGAACAGACUGCUAUUCCUAAUGCUUUGGCUAAAAUGGGAGAGACUUUCCUAGUAGAAGAUCAAUUACAGACUACUGUCUCAUUGAACAGUUCAAAAUAUAACAAAAGUGGAAACUUGACUUACAAACAUUCUUUGGAAUCCCCUUUUAGAACAUCUUCUGCCCCUUCUGGAUCGGUGGUACUUCAUAUGGUAAAAGAAAGUAAAAUUCAAAAAAAUGACUUUCCUUCUGACGAUACAUCAGGUUUUUGCUCAUCUACUUGCAGUGUUGGUAGUGAUAGUAACACUUUUACACCUAUCAAAAACUACUAUCUUGCAUCAGGUACAUCGCUCAUGAAUCCUGACAUAAAAAUUUCUGAGAGGCAGAAUUCUUUCCAACGCAGACACUCGUUUUCCUCACUGUCUGUGAAGCAGAGUCCUUCAAAGACACCCCAGAAAUACGAAGAUGCAUUUGAGAAACUCUACUACAAACUGUGUUCCAAAGGAAUCCAAAAGCCUUUGAUGUUGACAAAACCACUUUCAAACUCGCAGAAGCUUGAAGAGAAAGGAGGAAUAAUGAAGAAUACUUUCAGUGAUUCUAGGAGGUCCAACAUACAGUAUAACACUGCAUUUGAGAAGAUUUAUCAGCAGUUGUCUAGUGAGAUGGUUCCAAAACUCCCUGGUUUUCAGAGAGCUUCAAAUUUAAGGAAAUAUGAAGGAAUACAGAUGUCUGAAACUGUAAAUGCUCUUGUUAACUCACCUGUUCGAUCUUUUUUUGGAAUUCCCAGAGUUAAGAGACUAGGAAAUUUUCAAAAUGAUCUUCUUUCUUCACCAGUAAAGCGACUGAAAAAUAUACCUGAACAUUUUUUUUCAACCAAACGUCAGCAGAUUUCUCACAAGAAAUAUGGUGAUCUUCAGACAGUUGGCAUGGAUUUUGUUAGCCCACGCAAUGGCAGUAACACCAGAUUUUUUAACAGUCACAACUGUCAUCAUCAGGACUCUGGGUUUCACGCUUCUUCAGAUAAAACUUAUCUUGUUAUUCCUGAUGCUUCCUUGAAAGAAUCAGAGAUUACAGAUGCCCACUCUAGUUGGCCUAGGACAAUGCCAAAUUACAGCAGCCCUGGAAAUACACUGAAAUGCCCUCAAAAGGUAUCCAGAAAACUAAGCUACACCAACGGGAAGGACCGAAAUCCAAGCAGUCCCUUAGACAACGUCCUGAUCAAAACUCACCAAGGAGCCUUCAUGGCAUACAGAGAAAACGACAUUGUUUUAUAGUUUUUGGUUUGUGGUUUGUUUUCUCAAAAAUCACAGCUGUAUUAAUACCACUUAAGUAUUUUAAGGAAGAAAUACUUAGUAGAUAGGAACGUUACUGUAAUGCACAAUUAAUGCUGAUUUAUUUUUCCCUGUAAUAUAAAUCUUCAGGAUCUAACUCCAGCCUUCUUACAGUGCCCUUCAUAACUUUUGGGCUGCAUCAGGUGUUGCAAGGAACCGGGUUUCUUUUCUAUGAAGUUAUUUGAAUUAUAUAUUUAGUAGUAUUUAUAGUAUUAUAAUCUGAUUUGUAUUGUCUUUUUAUCUGCUGAUAAAGUUUUAUUAUUCAAUUUUGAUUUUAAUCUUGAUUCUUAAUUUACUAGUACUAAGACCUUAACAAACUCAGUGUCUGCUGAAUUCUGCACCAUUCCUGUUAUACAGACAUGUCAAUACUAAAUGGCUGAAAUAAACUUAAGCUGGGUAAUUAUAUUCCUCUAUGUUCUGUCAAAAUUCUACCUGACAUAACGCAUAUUCUCAGUAAAUAUUUGUCCUGAACAAAUACCUGCUUUAAAAAUUUUAUUUCAGGAAUAAACUCUCUGGAAAGUUU